GCUGCGGGACGUGUUUACCACGACACAACGCGUCUUAACUCCACAUCACGUCAUGGCACCAACGCGUUCAAGCGAUGCAAAUGCGAAGAAGCGACGAGGCAGGCCUCCGGGCAGUCGCAAAUCCGAUGCCGUAGCUAAACCACCAGCAAAGCCCACCGCCACGAAGACGACGGCAAAACGGAAACAGUCGUCGCAGAAACAAGCUGAGGCUGAAGAUGAACUAUCAAUAGUGGAAGCGGACCGCACACAGGCUUCCCGUCGUCGAAAGCGCAAAUCCGACGCUGACCCAGACGAGAGCACAGAGGUAGCAUCGAAGUCAGGCAAACAGUACGUGCAAUUGGAGGCGAAGACGAAGAAGAUAUCACAAGAGCAGAUAGACACAUGGCCACAGGUGUCUCCACAGGUUCUGGAACAGAUAUCCGCUGUGAUACGGGACGCGAAGAAGGACAUUGCGAACACGCAGAGGGAUGAGCGCAGGGUUAUGGACGCACACAAUACGCUGAACCCACUCGUGCGGAGGCUGGCGCGUCAGCUAGAAGCCUCACGAAUACCUCCCCAGGCCAAAGACAUUCAUUUCAAUAUCGACAAGCUCACAGAGCGCAAUGCGCAGGUCUCACGAGAGGUCACGACAGCUCGGCAUUCGAAGCAGCUGUUCAGCGAACAGGUCAAGGUUGCGCAGAGCUUCCUAAAGAAGGACGAGGAGAAUCUAGAGCAGCUGAAGAAGCAUGCAAAGAAGUGGAGGACAGAGUGGAAGCACCAGGAGCGGACCGGACGGUUGCAUCCCCUACUUCAAGAUGUGGAGGGGGCCGAGACCCACAACGACAGCCCUGGCGACAUCGGUCUGAAGCGAUCAGAGCCAGUCAACCUGUCAUUGCUCGAAGCACAUGAUGUCGAGCUUGCCCCUGUGCUCGAACAACUCCGUCGCAGCUUAGAGAAUAUGCAAGGUAAUCAUGCGCAGGUCGAAGGCAUUGACGAAGCGAUGAGAGAUGCACAGGCUGCAUUAGACGAUUUUCUGUUCAGGCAUGCUAGCGCACAGCAGUAUGCUGCUCUCUAGAGUAUUGGUAUGCAGGUUCGGUUGGCGUUUGGGGGUGUUUUCCUUUCAUGGUAGCCUCGCAUUGCCGGGCGCAUAGUUGGGCUGCAUCAGAAGUGCGAGGAACAUGGGACUUGGUCUGAUUUCAAAGCGAAUGGAUGGCGUUGGUGGAUUCAUGCGGUGCUUGAUCGAAUACUAUGAAAUGGAACGAGCUUUUGUGCGAUAGGGACAGUCCGUGGUCUGGGAUAUGGAGGGCGCAUUUGGCACGAUGCUAUCGUGACAGUCACCCAAUAUAGCAUUUUGCACUACCGACAGCAUGGUCAUCGGAACUUGUGCAUGCAGGACUAUCGCAGACGAAUAUAUUCAUGUGGUGUAGCCAUAGUGCCAGCGUCAUUGGCUCCACUGGGCCUCUCGGCGUAACGGGAGCCACAUAUGCACCUCCUGAAUGUAGCUUCUUCCGC